AUGACGUAAUAGCAAUAUGGCUGCUUGCAGUAGUUAGGAAAGGCGGAAGUGUCAUUAUUUCUUAAGGGGGCGUUUGACAAUCCAAAGAAAUCCUUCUAAAAAAGUGGAAAGAUGUCACAGAGUCUCUUCAGAACAUAAACAGUUUUAUUGUAGUGUUGCAUUACAUGCCAUAUUUUGGUCCCGCUGCUUGCGGGAAGGAAGAAAAAAGAUGGUGACAGAGAAGCUGUAACGGGGCCAGUCCCGCUGAUCGGGAAAGUUGCGGGUUUAAGCUGACCUCGUCCAGGGGGGGUAUCGUUAUUUCCAGUGUCACCCGAAGUGCCCCUGACCAGAGUCGCUGUGACUGAAACUGUCAUAUACUAGGUGGAAUCGGGUGAGGUAGUGGUAAUGGAGCUGCGAGUCGGGAACCGGUAUCGUUUAGGCAGGAAGAUCGGGAGCGGCUCGUUUGGGGAUAUCUAUCUGGGUACAGACAUUGGAGCUGGUGAGGAAGUUGCCAUCAAGUUGGAAUGUGUUAAAACCAAACACCCACAAUUGCACAUAGAGAGUAAAAUCUACAAGAUGAUGCAAGGAGGGGUGGGUAUCCCAACAAUUAAAUGGUGUGGUGCAGAAGGAGACUACAAUGUUAUGGUGAUGGAACUUUUGGGACCCAGCCUUGAAGAUCUCUUUAACUUCUGCUCUAGAAAGUUUAGCCUCAAGACUGUUCUUCUCCUUGCAGACCAGAUGAUCAGCCGAAUUGAGUAUAUCCACUCCAAGAAUUUUAUCCAUCGAGAUGUUAAACCGGACAAUUUUCUGAUGGGCUUGGGAAAGAAGGGCAAUCUAGUUUACAUUAUUGACUUUGGCCUAGCCAAGAAGUACAGGGAUGCUCGUACACAUCAGCACAUUCCAUACAGAGAGAAUAAGAAUUUAACUGGAACAGCACGGUAUGCUUCCAUCAAUACACAUCUUGGAAUUGAGCAGUCAAGACGAGAUGAUCUGGAAUCCUUGGGGUAUGUGCUGAUGUACUUCAAUCUGGGAUCCCUUCCCUGGCAAGGUUUAAAAGCGGCUACUAAGAGGCAGAAGUAUGAGCGGAUUAGUGAGAAGAAAAUGUCUACACCCAUUGAAGUUCUCUGCAAAGGAUACCCUUCGGAGUUUGCUACAUACUUGAAUUUCUGCCGCUCACUACGCUUCGAUGACAAACCUGACUAUUCCUAUCUAAGGCAGCUUUUUAGAAACCUCUUCCAUCGGCAGGGCUUUUCCUAUGAUUACGUCUUUGAUUGGAACAUGCUUAAGUUUGGUCCCACCAGGCCUACAGAGGAUGCUGAGCGUGAACGACGAGAACGAGAAGAGAGGCUGAGGCAUGCACGUAAUCCUGCUGCUCGAGCUCUGCCAUCUACUGCAUCAGGAAGACAACGAGCUCAUGAACCUGCAGCACCACCUACUCCCCUCACCCCUACGUCUCAAACUGCACAAACAUCACCGCGCCAAGUGUCCGGAAUGGAGCGCGAGCGUAAAGUGAGCAUGAGACUGCAUCGUGGAGCUCCAGUCAAUGUCUCCUCAUCAGAUUUAACAGGACGCCAGGAUACGUCUCGUAUAUCUACAUCCCAGAUUCCAGCUCGACUCACGUCAUCUGCUUUCCAGUCUACUGUACAGCGAUGAACAUUUUUUUUGCUGUGGAGGGUAGAUUGUGCAUGGCAAAUACUAUGUUACCAAAGGCUUCUUCUAGCAGAUGUUCCCCAAGUGAAAAGGAAGAUGUACACAUGAGCUCUGCAUACAUUUACAGAGCAAAUAUGCACAAUCCCAGGAAAAAUAAAAGCGGUCAUCGUAGUCAGAGAGAACCGGUCAGAAAUGUGUAUGUCGUAUUUGGAGUCUGCUUUGGAGAGCUGAACUUGACCAAGAAAAUGUACUGUUUACUACGCUUGUCAACAAGCAUAAAGAAUAGCCAUUUUAGUUCUCCCUCCGCACGUGGCAACCUUUCACAUUUUAUUAUUCUACUGUAACUAUAGACUUUCAACUUUACAGUUUUUGUAUUGUGCUGAAUUUAUUGCCUCAGUUCUUUGUAGAAAGGUAGUGUCUGUGUCCUGCUUUUAUUGUCCACUUACAAAAAAAUCUCUCUCUCUCUCUCUCUAUAUAUAUAUAUAUAUAUAUAUAUAUAUAUAUAUAUAUAUAUAUACACACAUUUAAGUAUAUACAUAUGUAUAUAUAAAAUCUAAAGGAAAAACAGGCUGCACAAGUAACUUGAAAGUUCUUGCAGAACCAAGGUGACAUGGAGUAUUCAUAUAAUGGAUUGUCAAAAAAAGCUGCACAAGUAACUUGAAAGCUCUUGCAGAACCAAGGUGACAUGGAGUGUUCAUAUAAUGGAUUGUCAAAAAAAAAGUAUUCAUACAACUUUAAAACAAUUUCUUUUAUUUAAAUUGUUGAAGAUUUUUAUGUAGUCAUUCUGGAACAUAUUGUUUUGCUUAUUUAUAGCACAGUUUAAUUUUUGUAUUACUUUUAUUCUUCCACUUAAACAUUGAAUGGCCAACUAUUUACUGCGACUUCCCAGCCCUCACUUACCAUUGAAUGAUGUGCAGAAACCAGUAUAAACUGUUGAAACCGUACUGGUAUCAGAGACCAAACUAAACUGCUGGUGCAGUAUUUCAAAAUCCCUACCAGCUACAGAAAGCAUCACAUUGUAAAAUUGAAGGGCUCUUUAAAACACUAUUUUAUUUAGUUUUAUUGUUAUAUGUGUGUAUAUAUUUUUUUUAAUUUGACUCAGUGUUUCUGGGUGAUAUAUGUACAUCAGCUAUUUUCCUGUGUCUGGGUUCUUUUUGCUAGAUAUCUUCUGAGGUCUUGUAUAUGUAAGUGUGGAUGAAUUCUACCUUGUGGCCAAAGCAAUAUUUCACAUUUUCUCAGAUCAUUGAGGUAGUUGAUAGUGGAGUGUUUAUGGGUUGAGGGUGGGGUUGCUUACUUCCAUUUGCUUUAAUAAAUGUGGAAAUGUGUUCUUUCCACCUUAGUGAACCUGCAAAAAGCAUUGCCAAAAACAUUGUAAACUGAAUGCUGCUUUAUGAACAGGCAGUGUAAGAGAGUGGCUGAUAUCUGUAUCCCAAUGUAAUGCAACUUUUGUCCUGAAGGGAAGUCAUUGAACAUUCUUAGCAUGAUAACUGUGGGACAAAUAGGGUGUGUAUGUAUGCAUGUGUAUGCAUGCCUUUGUUGUGUAUAUACAUGUAAAACAGUUUCUAGCUCUGCAACUUGAUUUGCACUGUAAUUGCAUGCACACAUGCACACACUGCUCUAGUUGUCCCCUCUGCAAGCAAUUUCUCAGCAGUCACAGAAGAAUAGAUGUAAAUAAGUAGCAGAUUUGAGCAAGUCAUCUCAUACCCAAUUGGACUUCUCCUUCAUGCUAUAUCUGUUUAACACAGGAGUAGAUUUUACCAUAUCUGGUGGUGUAUUCAUAAUGAUUUAGAUGCAUAGUAGUGUCAUACCAGCCAUUGCUAAACGUUAUUGGGUUCCUUUCCCUUCAGCUUACAGGAUCACACUUCCUUUUUUCUGAAGUCCAUAUUAGCAUGUCCAUUUUAAGACUGUUAAAUAAGAUGCUUGUAAUUAUGCCCAGCAAGUGGUAUGCUACAGCAUGCAUUGAGGCAGAGAUAGUUUCCCAGAGUUCCACAGAGACUCAAGUUAUGGUAUGGAGAGUGGUUUUCCACAGCCUUUUCAGAAAUUCCCAAUAACCUGUACCAAAGUGAGGGUGUUAACGGAAAAGCCAAAGUUCAUACAGGCUGUGUCCCCUUUGCAGCUGCUCAGCUGUUUUUGUUGGUGACAGCAACCUGUUCUGAAACAUCUCUGCUUUGCCUUACUGUGUCUCUCGUGCAGUAACACAAACUUAUACUGGCAUAGUAUGCACCUACUACUUGUACUCUUGUGUUGCAAGGUAAUGAUGUGAUAGCACCUCACAUUUUUUAACUUGCUUGGGGGUGUUUGUGUGCAUAAGGGUAUGCAUUGGGUUGCUGUUUCUUGGACAGUAGUUUAUUGCCAUUCUAAAACCAAUAGUCACAAAGUAGCCACAGAGUGUGUUUGUAUGCGUUUGCACUCAUGUAUUUCUCUCACUGUUGAAGGAUCAGUUUAUUGGGCUUGGGAUAACUUUCCAUAGCACAUAAUUUGUAAAGGUAGCUAAAUAUUCUGUUAGAGCUGUUUUCAAACAUACUGAUGUGCGUAUCUGUUCUAGAAGGGUCAGGAAUUUGGUCACAUUUGUCAUGCUUUUCCUAGAGUAAGGAGUAUGUGUUGCAAUUAACUUAUCAACAGCACUACGUUUGGACAGAAUCUGUGCCUGAGUAGGGUUGGCUGUGUAAUGCCUGUCCAGUAGGCAUUGGGAGGCAGCAGUUUACUGUCAUGCUAAAAAUUCAUGUCUAUGUGGUGGGGGUGUUGCUUUGAUUUUACUGGAGAUUCACUUGUCUCAUUGUUGUUCUUAGCUCAGUUUAAGUCAAGGAAAAUAGUUUUAAUUGUGUCCAUGAUUUGUGUAAAUCUUUUUGGAAAGUUGUCAGUACUUUUUGUCAUAAUUACAACAGGCAUGCAGCAGCUAUUCUGUGUGCUGUCUAUUUUAUGGCAACGGCAUGGCCUAGAACUCCUUCCUCCACAUUGCCAACCACAUUGCUGCAGUUCUUAAGCUCUCAGGGUGUUUUAAAACGUGAAGUCAGUCUUUUGUUGAUGCAGGCUGUAUUUUAGGUACCAGUCUUUCUGAUGCCUAGAAGAUGGAAGCAUUACUUGCUAUAAUGGAUUCCUGAUUUUUUUCUCUCCCACUUCCCAUCCUCAAGUUAGAUAUGUACCUAACUGACAGAAAGAACACACAAUGAUAAAAUUAAGCAUCUGUUUAAACCUGUGUAUGUGUUAUUAAUGCCACUGUAAAAUGUUGAGUAUGUUUGUAUUGCCACUGUAUUUGUGUACCUUAACAGUUGUGUAAAUAAAUUCAUAAUGACUUGUA